CCCCACGUGAUGUAACCAACGUCAACCUAUUGCACUUGGCUCCAUCACCAAAACCACCGAAAACAGCCUCACAGCCUCUAAUCCUCCUCCUCACCCCCAACCAUGGCGAUGAACCCAGGCGAACAAACAGGAGUAAUUAUCUCCACAGCCGUCGUGGCCCUCCUCACCGGUUACGCUUUCGGUAUCUAUACUAUCCGAGGCUACCUCAUCCCACCCUCUCUGUUCGAGGAGCGCCGGCGCAACAUACACGAUCCUGUCGAGAGUGACGAAAGCGAUAUCGACGAGGAUGACACUGUUCUUGAUCAUGCUCCCAACUGGGCUAAUGGCGCUGACGCCGAUAAGAGGCAGGGUUUGAAGAAUGUUGAGAAGGAGAAGGAGCCUGUUCUGAGGGACAAUGGAGAGGAGUGCAAGCUUGUUCUUGUUGUGCGAACAGAUCUGGGCAUGACAAAGGGCAAAAUCGCUGCUCAAUGCUCCCACGCUACCCUCGCAUGCUACAAGGCCCUCUCCCGCGCCCCCUCCAACUCUCCCCUGUCUAAGAUCCUCAAGCGCUGGGAACGUCUCGGUCAGGCCAAGAUCGCCGUGCAAGUCAAGAGUCAGGAUGAGAUGCUCGAGCUUCGACGCAAGGCUCGGUCUCUUGGCAUCACAGCUGAGGUCAUCCAGGAUGCUGGACGAACACAAAUUGAGGCGGGUAGCAUGACGGUGCUGGGCGUUGGACCUGCGCCUAGAAGCCUUGUUGACCAGGUCACUGGUGGACUUAAGCUGCUGUAAAUGGUGAAGACUCGAAAAGAAUAGAAAGGAUUUUGGGGAUACACGAAGACACGCACGGGAUUACAAAUCGGGUCGGAUAGGUAAAAGUACUGCAAAAUAGACAUUCACGCGGGAAUUUGAUAGACAAACCCGCAUUUUUCACUCAAAAGAAGCAUAUUUUCUGUGAUAAAGGGUAUUAUUCGCAUUUGUACGUCCAAGUCUAUUACUCCUUUUUCGCAAAUCUCGCCAACGCCGGUCCCAGAUCCGCUUCCGCCUCGAGCUGCUUCUUGUCCUUCUUUGCCUGCUGCUCCUUCCAGAUCUCGUCCACCUGCAAUCUCUUGUCGUCGAUGAUGUUCUUCUUUCGCUGCUUGCGCAGAUACUUCUUGAGCGCGCCGUUCUUGCCUCUUGCUCGCUUGCGGAUCUCCUCGGCGAUAUCUGUGGCCGGGGUGUCGAGAUCCUUUUCUGCGCGGCGCUGCUUGUCGGAUCGCAGAUCCAGGUUUCCGAUGUAGUUGGGGUCGAGGGCGAUCAUGUCGGGCUGAAGCUUGUUCAGCAGACCCUUGACUUCGGAUUCUUGUCGUUGCUUGGCGGUCUCGAAGGGGUUGACUUCCAGUGCGUCGUAGUUGGCUUCACCAGCGCCAGGGACGAUGAUGGAAGAAAAGCCUGAAUCGUGACCGAGACCUAGAACAUCCUCGAAGGGGCACCAGCGCACACGCUCAAUGCGCUUGCCCUCACCACCCCAGGUCAUAUAAGGGCUUUGGACCUUUUCUUGAACAGGGGCAUUCUUAUCGAAAAGACCCUUCCAAAUGGUUGUUUGAGUACCCCAGCCAACAGCUGUCAAGCCAGUAUCUGAAAUCGCCAGUGAAGAAGCAGGCUGGCGUGUGAAGUAGUUGUUGACCUCUCGGAACAUUCUCAGAUCCCAGACUGCCAUCUUCUGAUCCUGACCAGCUGACACCAUGUAUCGACC